CUGCAUAUAAGCACACCUGUAGCAUCAGCAGCACAGAGCCUGCUGUAUCCCUGUGGAUCCCACUGCACUCCCACUAUCUGAAGAUAACCCUGCCACCCAUCAUGGCCUCCAGCAUGUCGGUGAAGAGUUACUCCAUGAGCCGUCAGCCAUCCUUCUCCAGUCGUUCUCUGAUGGAGACGGGCCGUGCUCGCUCCCGUGCUUCGGUCUCUUUCGCCGCCGCCAGCCCGCUCAGCCGUUCAGUCUCUAUAAGCCAGGAUCUCAACGGGCCAAUGAGCCUCCAACUUAACGGGGUGCACGGAAACAGCACCAACGACAAAGAAGCCAUGCAGAAUCUCAACAACCGCCUGGCCAACUACCUGGACAAGGUGCGUUCACUGGAGCGCUCCAACGCAGACCUGGAGAUGAAGAUCAAGCAGCUGAUGCUCGACCGCAUUCCCAAAGGUCAUGACCUUGACUCCAUGAUGGCCCAAGCUCAUGCUGUUGAGCAAGAGGUGAGGAAGAAGACCUUGGAGAACGCUCGUCUCAUGUUAGAGAUCGAUAAUGCUAAACUGGCUGCUGAUGACUUCAGAAUCAAGUGGGAGACUGAGCUGGUGAUGUGUCAGUCUGUGGAGCGAGACUGUGUGGCUCUGAAAAAGGCCAAGACCGACCAUGAGCAGAUCAUCGCCUCCCUCAGGGGAGAUCUGGACAGCCUGAAAGAGGAACUUUACUUCCUUAAGAAAAACCAUGAGGAAGAACUGGAGCAGAUGAAGUCUCGUAUUGCCAGAGAUGAAGUGAAUGUGGAGGUGGACUCUGGUCCCAGCGGACCAGAACUGGGCACCAUUCUGUCUGGCCUACGUUCCCAGUAUGAGGGGAUUGUCAAGAAGAACAAGGACCAAGCAGAGCUGUGGUACCGCAAGAAGCUGGACACAGUGCAGAGCGAAGUGAAGGAAAGCAACGAGGCUCUGAGAGGAGCUCAGAGUGAGCUGGUCGAGAGGCAGCGCUUCUUGCAGACCCUGGAGGUGGAGCUGGAGAGUCUGCACAAGCAGAUAGCAGCACUGGAAGGUAACCUGGGUGAGACGGGUCAGAAAUACUCUGGUGAGAUGGAGCGACUGCAGGCCACCCUGAGCCAGCUUGAGGACGACCUCUCCCAGCUCAGGCUGGACAUGCAGCGCACCAAGACCGACUAUGAGCAGCUCCUCCGCAUUAAGCAGAACCUGGAAAUGGAGAUCGCCACCUACCGGCGUCUGCUGGAGGGAGAGGAAACAGUCAAGGAAGUCCCUCCACCACCAAAAAAAGAGCCUGAUGUUCGCACCAGAAAGAUUGUGAAGGUGGUGACUCAGACGAUGGUCAACGGCAAAGUGGUGGAUGAAUCCAGCGAGGUGGAACAGAUUGAGGAGACCAAGAAAUAAACACAGGAAGGAGGAAGUGAAGAUGAAAAUUAAGACAGAAAGUGAAACAAAGAUUUGCAGAGAGAGAGAGAAAAAAGGGAAGAAAAGGACAUUUUGGGGAACAUUUUGCUCAAUAAUGAAUAUUUUGUGUUUUCAGAGAAAUGUUUUCCCACACUAGACCUAUCAGUAAUACUUUGAUUAGCUGAUUGUUUCUGGAGAAGCAGUCUGUGCCGCCUUAGCUCUGCAUGCUUAUACCAACUUUGAAUAGAGAUAUGUGUGUGUGUGUGUUUGUGUGAGAACAACUGACUAACUGUGUUCGUACUGUUAUACUAACAAGAUGCUGUGUAGUUAAAUACAUAUUUAUUUACUUUAGUAAAUGUAAUAAGACACACUUUUACAAGAAUAUCAUUUAAUUGUAUUUGCUGUUGUUGUGUUUGUAUACUGUCUAAAUAAAAUUUCUUUAAUCCAU